UUGUUUUGUUCCACAGAGGCAAGAAAAGUGUUCGGUUAAGGCUAUAUUUGAUGAUAAGAAAAACUGCUGGCGAGCCAUUCAGAUGCAACGAUUCUUGCUAUUCGGUUUCCAUCUGCAAGCGACAAUGAUUGUACAUCGAUCGUCAACAAUUAUUUAUUUGUUAAUAGUUUUUGGAAUUUUUAAUGUGGCCUUUUGUCUUUGUCCCGAAGACACAAUUGCUUUCGAUCGUGAGUGUUAUUCAAUAGUACGAGUGGGUUGCCCCCAAAACUAUUUGCUUAUCCACCAUGAAUGCUGCUCUGAAGUAUGUGUGCAUAAUUGUGUGGGUGAGAACUGCUGGAAUUGUUGUAUGCCAAGGGAAGUAGCUCCAGUCUCGCAUCAGCAAAGUUACACAAACCCAACUGCAAUAAUACCGAGUCCUAGCACUUCGAUCGGUUCUACGGCUCAAACAUCCCAAUGUCAAAAUUGUGCCACAGGAUGUUGCAAUAAUGGAGUCUGCACUCAAACUCAACUGUGUUCCAACUGCGCAAACACUUGUGGAAAUUGUCAGACAAACUGUAACCAAGCCGGUCAGACGUGCUGUAACCAAAAUUGUCAAACAUGUACUAACCAACCCUGUGGAAAUUGUCAGACAAACUGUAACCAAGCCGGCCAGACAUGCUGUAACCAAAACUGUCAAACAUGUACUAACCAACCCUGUGGAAAUGGUCAGACAAACUGCAACCAAGUUGGCCAGACAUGCUGUAACCAAAACUGUCAAACAUGUUCUAACCAACCCUGUGGAAAUGGUCAGACAAACUGUAACCAAGCCGGCCAGACAUGCUGUAACCAAAACUGUCAAACCUGUACUAACCAACCCUGUGGAAAUGGUCAGACAAACUGUAACCAAGCCGGCCAGACAUGCUGUAACCAAAACUGUCAAACAUGUACUAACCAACCCUGUGGAAAUGGUCAGACAAACUGUAACCAAGCCGGCCCGACAUGCUGUAACCAAAACUGUCAAACAUGUUGUAACCAACCUUAUCCAAGUCCACCAACAAUUCCACCACCAAUUCCACCACAUAUUCCACCCAAUUAUCCAGUUCCCACAAGGCCACCACCGACAUCUGCUCCGACACUACCACCUACAACACAACCACCUGUUCCAUUAACUAGAUGUCCCAGUGGAACCAUCCUCGUCGGUGUUGUCUGCCAACCUCUGUACUGUCCUUGGGGCACUAGAAUGGAGGAUAACAAGUGCAUUCAAAUUGUCUGCCCAGACGGAACGCACUGGGAUGGCGAUAAGUGUGCCGUGAUCACUCCAAUUGUCCACAACAUCACAACCCACCAUCAUUUCGUAACGCACUUAAACUCUUCAUCGCAUCCUAUCAUUAUACCCAACAACAAUAACAUCCCAAUAAAUAUUUCUCUUAACCUGGCAGGACAGCAAUGUUGCGAUAACGAGGUGGUCACAGCUGCACCAAAACCAUCAGAUCGGUGUUGCACUAUAAAGACCCCAAGAGCUUGCGCACCUUCUGAUAAACAAUGGAAAUGCUCCAGUCGUCAAUAUAAAGCUUGUGGUGACUUUUGUACUAAGCCAACAAUAUAUCUAACACCUCCUAAGAUAUACGAAAAGCAAAAUGUUAUUGUCAUGCCACCAACUUAUAUCUAUGGACAGAGAGAAGAUGGUUAUGAUUGCUCUGGAUGCAGCCAGAGCAUUGGCCAAAGGUGUUCUAGGUAUUGUAGCCGCUAUAUUUGCCCAUCGCUCAGCUGUUCUUAUCUUAGUCAACAACAAUUUUGUCUAAGUUAUCCCCAAUCUCUUGGUUGUCUGGAACAAAACGGUUGCUAUGACCAGAGCUGGUGUACAUCCGGUGUAAAUAUGGGCUUUUAAAAACGUGCGCUGGACAAUGAACCCACCUACAAUCAAUAUAUAUAUGUAUAGAUAAGUUGCUCAACAAUUAUAGCCCCUGGCAUGGUGUUACGGCAUGAGCCCCAUUAAGGCCGGUAACGGCGAACAUAGCAGCAGCCCUUACUACAAAUUUCAAUUUGACUGCGGGCUUUGGAUUUAAAUUUUUAACCAUUUUAACUUGGCUUACAUUAAACUUGCUUUUACCUUGUCUAUAGGUACAGGGA